GUUUCGGUGCGGUUUACAAGUCGACUCUGUGUUCUUGGGGUAUGGUUCUGAUCCAACUGUGUGAUUCCUCGCUUUUAUCGAAAACAAUCACAUCUCCCAGUGGGGAAAUGGAUUUUCUGUGAUGUGAAAGAGCUGUUCGCCACAGAUAAAACUCACAAUGGAAGCCAUGUCGAUCCAAAUGCGAAUACUACUCCUCGUAUUGCUGUCAUUAACACCAAAAGCGUUUUCUGAAGAAUUUUGUCCCAAUGGAUGUCAUUGCCACUAUGAUCAUGACUCCGGCGACUUUUAUGUGGACUGCUCUGGACUGGGAUUAACGGAACUACCGCAAUUUCCAGAUACGAAUGUCCAAAUUCUCGAUCUAUCAGAGAAUAUGUUCACCUUCAUUCCGUUGGAAGUUUCCCAGUUCUCAAAUCUCCGAUACCUGGAUAUGUCAUCAAACCUGAUCUCUUCCCUCCCACCAAACUCGCUCGAUGGAUUACACUCGCUCAAGCAGUUGAAUUUAUCCAAAAACAACAUAUCCAACUGGGCAAGUCUGUACCCAAACCAGUUUCUACAGAACACUCCAUUGUUGGAAGAACUAAGUUUGGCGGAAAACCAAUUCACAAGCUUUUCAAGUAACGAAAUAUCACUGGUGCUCGUGAGCCCAUCUGUUAGAUAUCUUGAUCUAAGCAAUUGUAAAAUCACAAAAGUGUCCGGAACAGAAGUCCUUCGUGGACUCAUCAGUCUAGAAACUCUAAAGUUGAAUGGAAACCCGAUCCAUGGUAUAUCAGACAUCACUUCUGAUAGCUUAAAAACUCUAGACCUAAGCAAUUGUCGACUGAGCACCUUGCAACCAACAGUAUUGAAUGGACUCUCAUCGCUGGCUUAUGUGAACUUUGCUAGAAAUUAUAAACUAUCGCUUUCAACCCAUGGAAACGUAACAUCCGACAGCUUGAGGCGCAUAAAUCUAUCAUACUGUAAUUUGGAUUCGCUUGAACUGGGUGGCUUUCAGAACCUGAAAACUGCGAUUCUUCGAGGAAACAUGAUCCGUCAACUGAUGGGGAAUAGUUUUGUCGCCAACCCACUACUGGAGAAUUUAGACCUCUCAUCUAACUCGAUCAAUUUUGUCCACGGUGACGCAUUCCGGCAACUAUUGUAUUUAAAAACUUUAGAUCUAUCCUUCAACGCAAUUCCUCGAAUCGACGGGCGGACGUUCAAGGACAACGAGAUGCUUACGCAGAUCAACCUGAGCAGAAACUACAUUGCACGGCUUCAAAGGAUCGUUGCGAGCUCACUGGCCCACCUGAACAUGAGCUGGUGCGAGAUUCUGUCGAUCGAUUCCGAUGCACUAGGAGCUAUGCCGUCGCUAAUCGAUUUGGAUCUGUCGCAUAAUCUGUUGUACGAAGAUCCUUCGAAUAUUGCUUCGGAAACGCUACAGACUUUGGAUCUCAGCAUGUGCCGCAUAACUUCCGUGAGGAACACUACUUUCUCUAGGCUGCCGGCUUUGAUGAGGAUCAAUCUUGCCGGGAAUCGAUUCACUACACCAUUCCGAGUUGACUUUUUCGAGAACAAUCCGUAUCUCAGUGAAAUCUGGCUGGGAGAUAAUCCAUGGCGAUGUGACUGUCGUGACGGUGGUUUCUUCGACUUCUUCCUGUUCUUAACUGAGCCUCCUCGGAGGGUAAACGACCAUAAACAAUUACGUUGCACAAGUCCGGAAGACUUCUACGGAGCUACUUGGGAGGCAGCCUGUCGAUCUGCUUGGUAUCCUCAAGACCUAAUGGGCACAACCGAAAGAAUAUGGACCUAUUUUAUGUUGGCCAUCUUGGCAUUCUUUGGAUUCUUCUGUUUGUAUUCUUCCAUCAAGCGUUUCAUCGAUUCCCGAAGAAAGCUUGCCGCAGAACGUGAGCGUCGAGAAAACAUCGAGGAGAUGCGUGAAGUAGCACGAGAGAAUCAAUUACGACUUCGCCAGGAAGCACAGUUAAAUGCUCCAGAUAUACGUGAAUCACGUCCUCCAUGUUAUGAGGACGCUCUUUUACUUCCGAAACUCGACGCUGCUUCCUUUGCAUCGCUCGAUGAGCUGCUUCUCCGUGGAAAACGCAAAAAGAAACGAAGACACCGUCAAUCUACUGGCGAUGAAGCAACCGACGCUGAUGAUGAAACCGAUCGAAUUCAACUCCGUCAAAGCAGCCGCUCCAGAAGCGAAAACGUUCUCUCCGUCAGAGCUGUAGUCUAUCAGGAACCAACAGACUCCGUGAACAGGGAAAGCUCCCCGAUAUACCAGCGUCCGACAUCCAAUCGACCCGUUGUUGCAAACGUCCACCCCUCACCAACUGAAUCUAGAAACUCCAGAGCUCAGCCACAAAACGAUACUGAGCUACAUUAUCACUCGACGGAUAUCCUACGAAUGGACAGACCAACCACACCAAGUCCAUCAACAGCACGCUCCAUAACGGUGUCAGUUCAUCAACCAGCCUCCCCUGGGCCCAGUGCCAAUGGCAAUCAAAUCCAAGAUUUUAACAACCGAAGCUACGAAAACAGUCCCUACGCCAAGCGGAAAGUGAAACCUCUUCAGCACAUCAAUCCCAAUGGCAGUAUCGAAGAGAUAACCGACUUCGAAGGGUACGAAUCGAGCCCCUAUGCGAAACGUCGAAUACAACACAUGGCCAGUUUCAAGGGUGACCGGGAGAGACCUCAACUUCCGGAAAGACCGCCACCAUCCAACGUUCACAAGUUGCUCCAGAACAGUGACGAUGACGAUGAAACUGGCGGAAUUUCCAUCAAAGUUGUCGAUGAUUACUUCAAGCCGGAGCGUAUAACACCCGAGUUGGACGACUAUGCCGUUGUAACGGAAGACGACGUCACGAGGAAUUUGCUGGAGCGUGAGCAGCAGCCUGGCACAACGGCCACAGCGGAUUCCAGUGGUAGCAGCAGUAUUGAAAUAAUUCCAACUAGGAAUGAACAGCACAAGUGAUGCCCGAAUGUAUUUGACAAGUUUUGAAUGUUAGUGUUUAUUUAGAAUAAAUUUAACUUAUGUAGAAAAGCCGAAUUGUACGAAUUGAUUAGGUUGACCACGAGUUUUCAUUUUGUGUGUAUUUGAAUAACUUUCUUUCCUUUUUUAUGUGAA